AGCUCCUACCUCAACUAGCACCAAGUUGUUAGAAAUGGAUAAGCUCAGAAGAAAUUACGUUGCCGAUAUCUGCUCCAGAUUUGUGGACGACUAUUUACGUCAACUGGACAACUUUCACUCCAAGGGGAAGUCCGGAAGAAAAAUCCGCCUAGGAGAAAUCGUCGUAAUCCACGACGAAAACUCCAAACGUUUAAUGUGGCCGAUAGGAGUAGUUAAGGAAUUAAUACCUAGCCGUGACGGACUUGUUCGUUCCGUGAUGCUUAAAAUUCCCAACGGGAACCUCAUUAAUCGAGCAAUUCAGUCCCUUCACCCCACAGAACUAAGAGAAGAUCGAGAUGAGGACAUCGAGAUUGAAAAUCCGGAUCCGACCCAGGAGCCGGAUGAGGAUCCAGCUCCACUUGUCCUAACACCGGAAAUUGAGCCAGCGGUCAGAAAUGUGGUACCGGCCGCCGGAGAGACGGACAACGUCGUCGGAGAAGUCGAGCCAGAUGGUACGGGCUCUAGUGGGGAGUAUGUUGGGAAUGUAAUCGCCCAACAGACGACGACAACCCGAUCCGGCCGCCGGACGACUGCACCCGCGCAUUUGCGCGACUAUUGUCUCAGGGGCCCCCGAUAGGUGGCCCCAAACCCCCAUUGUUUCCCCUCCUUUAAUUGUUACACCCCCACUAAGUGACUGUAAAUCUAUCAGUGUAAA